GUUUUAGUGAGCUAAAGAUAUAUUAACCAUUUGUACUCUGACCAUAAGUAGUUGUGUACGUGAUUAAAGUUCGUAACCAGUUCGUUUCUUUACGGUGUAUCAUAUUGUGUUAAAAUGUCACGCUUUCAUCUUUACUUAACUGAAGCUCAAGAGAAUGACCUACGCCGAAUCGCUCAAGCUAUUUGUGCUCCUGGUAAAGGAAUUCUAGCAGCUGACGAAAGCACAGCCACGAUGGGUAAAAGGCUUCAACAAAUCGGCGUUGAAAAUAACGAAGAAAAUCGUCGUCUGUACCGCCAGCUACUUUUUAGUGCUGACCACAAACUGGCCGAAAAUAUCUCUGGAGUAAUAUUAUUUGAAGAGACACUUCAUCAAAAGUCGGACGAUGGAAAGACUCUUCCUACUCUACUGGCCGAACGAAACAUCAUACCAGGAAUAAAGGUUGACAAAGGCGUUGUUCCACUUGCAGGUACAGAUAAUGAGACAACAACUCAGGGUCUCGAUGAUCUUGCUUCACGUUGUGCUGAAUAUUAUAAACUUGGAUGCCGCUUUGCUAAGUGGCGUUGCGUUUUGAAGAUCUCUCCACACACACCAUCAUAUCAAGCUAUGCUCGAAAAUGCCAAUGUACUCGCACGUUAUGCUUCCAUCUGUCAGCAGAAUGGUUUGGUACCAAUCGUUGAACCUGAAGUGCUUCCUGAUGGUGAUCAUGAUUUACUAACUGCUCAAAGAGUAACAGAAGAAGUUUUGGCAUUCGUGUACAAGGCUUUAGCCGAUCAUCAUGUUUAUUUGGAAGGAACGCUUUUAAAACCCAAUAUGGUCACUGCUGGACAGGCCUGCAAAAAAGCUUACACACCGCAGGAAAAUGCUCUAGCUACUGUGCGAGCUCUUCAGCGCACAGUCCCUCCAGCUGUCCCAGGUAUCACAUUUUUGUCUGGAGGUCAAUCAGAAUUGGACGCUACUAAAAAUUUGAACGAAAUCAACAAGAUUCCGGGACCAAAGCCAUGGGCACUCACUUUUAGUUUUGGUCGUGCUCUACAGGCUUCAGUUUUAGCCACAUGGAAGGGAAAGAAAGAAAAUGUUCAUGCGGCUCAGGAAGAGCUAUUGAAAUUAGCCAAAGCAAAUGGUGCUGCUGCUGUUGGCAAAUUUGAAGGAAAUAUGGGAAGUGCUUUGGGAGACAAAUCAUUAUUCGUUGCUAAUCAUGCUUAUUAAACAAUUAUAUCAUCCAAAUGUCAUCUAAAUUGGAGCCCCUUAAUAUUUAGCACAACUAGUCGACAUCAUAACUAACUAACAUCUUUCUUAUGAUUUGAGAUUAAACCAACAUUCAGAUCAAUUCUGUCUUAUUCUUAUUUUUGUUCUUAAAUACCGCCAUACGUUACUUUUCUUAAUAAAAACAAUAUUUACUGUUUUACUUCAUAGUAUUAGCUGGUUUAUGAAGUCAUAAUAACCAAGUAAAUAUACAUUCUCCCCAU